AUGGCUCCUGCGUUACAGUCUUCCCAUCAGCGCCCCGCCAGACAGCCGCGACCUGUCCGUGCCAGUCGCACUCAAGUUCAGUCCUACAAUGAAGAAAGUAGUGCCGAUGAGCGGCUCGACGAAGAUACUGAGCCAGAUGAAGAUAGGUCGAGACGGUUGUCGCUUUCCUUACGACCGCGUGAUCCACAUCGCAUGCCUGCGUCCUACCGUGAAGAAUCUACAGAUAAUGAUCUAGAAGAUGCCCUGGAUGAUGAUCCAGAUGUUGUAUUACCAGCCGAAACUCCAGUUCCUCGGGCCUACCCUAUUUCCGAAUCAGCCACUCGCACCACUCAGCCUACACAUACCCGCUCUCGUCGUAACCGGAAGAUUAAGACAAGGUCUCAGUCAAGCAAGCUGAAACGUACCCCGAAUAAGAGGCGCUUAGAGCUGGGGCGACCUCUCCACAAACGCCGCAAAGUUCAGGACGAAGAUGUCCCGUUUGUGGGUUCCAGUAUUAUUCCGCCGUGGCAGACGCUCCCCUAUCACAUACUCUUCGAUAUAUUUCUUUGUGCCUCAUAUCCGUUAAUUGAUGAGAAAGCUGUUAGGAGGAAUAAUUCCGUAAAUUGGCUGGUGAACGUCGCCCUGUUAUGUAGGGGUUUCUGCGAGCCUGCCCUAGCAGCCCUAUAUCACUCCCCACCAUUGAUACCCGCCACCAAGUCUCACAGCCUAUUAAGUCUGCUAUCCAAACCUCAAGAGUCGCUUUCUACAAAUUACGUGAAUAAGAUAAAAGAACUGCAUAUCGAUGUCGAAACCCUCCUGGUUUACAAAAGUGGUCCCACGUUGGGGUAUUUUGAUCUGCCUAAGCUGAUUGAAAGGACACCCCAGGUAAGGAUCCUACGGUUGUACCACAAUGAUGACUAUGUUGUCGGUCUUCCUUUGUGGCAAAUACCGCGCUCCAAGUGGGUGUAUCCCGAAGCGCUUUUCACUGCUAUCGGCUCCAGUUCCAUCCAACUUUCUAGCUGGGAUUGGAAUAGUCGUUUUAUGGAAACGAAAAGACUCCUGCCUUAUAUGAUAGCAAAACAUCUCCAUCCUUCAUUCAAGAAUAUCCAAGAGCUGAGGAUCCUGCACGUCGCGUCAGAAGAUGCUGAUGGCGGUGAGGUUUCGGAGAUGUCCAACGAGAGGGAAGUUGUCCUUGCAACGGCCUUCAAGGAGCUUUCCCAAUUACAUCGUCUAGAGUUCUUGGAGUCUUCUAUUUUAAACGACCACCUUUUCCUGAAUCUACCUAUAAACCUAUCGUCUCUUAUUAUUAACAACUGCGACGAUGUAACAACCACUAACUUCGGCGCUUUUCUCUCCACCCACGGACACAAUUUGCGCGAAUUAAACCUCAGCCAUAACCGCCAUCUUAGCCUAUCAUUUAUCGUCAACCUAGAAAAGUCCUGCCAGCGGCUAGAGAAGUUCAAAAUGGAUAUCUCAAUGCAUGAUUGGUCGAGUUAUCACGACGUUGAACCUCACUUUGAAGAGCUUCUUUCUUCAUCCCAAGUUCCUACGUGGCCGGCGACUUUACAGGAUCUCGAGUUGAUUCAUUUGCGUAAAUGGGAUGACAAAACAGCGGAGGUGUUCUUUGCGUCGCUUAUUGAAGCCGCCCCUCAACUGCAAAAUUUACGAAGACUGGUAAUCAGUGCUAUUUUGAAAACCGGAUGGCGCGAUCGUGCUUCCUUUCGGGAAAAGUGGAUUGGACGAUUGGAGAAAGUUUUCCUUCGGCACAGCUCACCCCCAAAUCCAAAUCUUCGCACGCUACCCCAGCCCACGCAACAAUCGAUUCCAGAUGAAGGCGCAGCUCACUCAGACGCCCACAGUGGAGAUCCUUCAACACCUUCGAAACGAAAGAGCGCACGAAUUGCCGAACGGAAGUUUUCAGAACCGGAAGAAAUCCACAACCAACCACAACGUAGUCGGCGCACACAAAAGGAUGAUGGGGAUCCCGACCUGCCUUUCAUACAAGGUAUGUGUGAUGUUGUGAUGGUUCGGAUUGAUAAUCAACGGCCGACGGAGAACCAAUUCAACGAGCAGGACUUCCUUGAUGAUGAACUGAGUGGCGAUGAGGAUUGGAAUGGCGGUGACUGGGGAGAUGCAUGGUAACUCAACUAUAACGCUAGUUAUGCUUCUCAUACUUCUUCUUUAGGUCUUUUGUCUCU